AUGAUGGGGGGCCCCCUCUCCUGCUCUGGGGGCCCCCCCACUGUCUCUAGCUUUCCUUCGCUUAUGCUGAGCAGCUGCUGCACCUUUUUCUCUUCUUCUCUCUCUGCUGGUGCUUCAAACCCUAGUAAACGUGCAGGAGCUGCUGCUGCUGCUCCUGUACGAGCAGCAGCAGCAGCAGCAGCAGCAGCAGAAGAUGCAGCAGAAGAAGAUGCAGAUACACCCAAACGGAAACGACCUGCACCAGGAGCAGCAGCAGCAGCAGCAGCAGGAGCAGCAGGAGCAGCAACAGCAGCAGGAGCAGGAUCAGGAGAAACAGAAGAAGAGGCAGAAGGAGCAGCGGAAGGACUGCUGCAGCAGGAGCAGCAGCAGCAGCAGCAGCAGGAGCAGCAGCAGCAGCAACAGCAGCAGGAGCAGGAUCAGGAGAAACAGAAGAAGAGGCAGAAGGAGCAGCGGAAGGACUUGCAGCAGCUGCUGCAGAAAAAGGAGCUGCAGCAGCUGCAGCAGCAGCAGCUGCUGCUGCAGCAGCCGGUGAGUUCAUGGGGUGUAUAG